AUGGCCCGUGUUCGCCGUGCCCGUGAGGAGCAGCUGGAGUUGGAGCGAGAGGAGAGAGAGUUGGAGCGGCAGCAGCCGGAGCUACAGCGGCUGGAGGAGCAGCAGGAGCAGCAGCAGCAGCAGCAGCAGCAGCAGCAGCAGCAGCAGCAGCAGCAGCAGCAGCAGCAGCAGCAGCAGCAGCAGCAGCAGCAGCAGCAGCAGCAGCAGCAGCAGCAGCAGCAGCAGCAGCAACAGCAGCAGCAGCAGCAGUAG